AUAAGCACACAGAGAAUGGUUCAAAGUCUUUGUCUGCAUCAGCCAAUUGGCACCAAGUGAUUUCAGUUGCUUUCUUUUUGUUUUGCUGUUCCAAGUUACAGUUAUUCAAACCCUCUUCAUGAAAAGGAAUGCAAACCACAGAGCCAUUUUUCACAAACACUCAACUGGUGCAUCGAAAAUGGGUCGUGUCCCAAUUUGGGUUCUCCCCAUUGUGAUGUUUCUUAUCUUUCGUGUUGUAAAUUCAGAAGAAAAUGAGGUGAAGCAAGCGCUGGUGCAGUUCAUGCAGAAACUUUCACCAGGAAAUGCAACAAGAGAUGGCCAUUGGGGUUGGAACAUGAGCACAGAUCCUUGCACAAGCAACUGGACUGGCGUGGUAUGUGACAGGAAGGGUUUUGUGAGGAAAAUAGUUCUCGAAAAGGCCAACCUCACCGGAAUUCUUGAUGCGAGUUCUCUUUGUGUUACAAAGGCUCUUAUUGUUUUGAGUCUCGAAAACAACAACAUCACUGGUCUGCUCUCAGAAGAUAUUGCACUUUGCAAACAUUUGACUCACUUGUAUUUGAGUGGGAAUCAUUUCUCUGGGGACCUUCCUGAGUCUCUCUCCCAGUUGAGUAAUCUGAAAAGGUUUGACAUAUCCAAUAACAACUUCUAUGGUGAGCUUCCUGAUAUACAAAAGAUUUCGGGCUUGAUAUCUUUUCUUGCUCAAAACAAUCAACUCGAGGGUCAAAUCCCGGAGUUUGAUUUCUCUAAUCUUAAUGAGUUCAAUGUCUCCAACAACUUGUUCUGCGGGCCGAUUCCUGAUGUCAAAGGCCAUUUCACUGCAAGCAGCUUUUCAGGUAAUCCUAACCUUUGUGGGGAACCACUCACUGCCUGCCCACCAGCUCCAGCAGUACCUAUAAACCCAAUGAAGAAGUCAAACAAGCCCUCAUCCAAAAAGGUUCUUAUCUUUUCAGGCUAUAUAAUACUUGGCCUAGUUGUGGUGUUGUUUUUGGUAUAUAAGUUUUUUGUCCGAGGAAAACCAUGUGAAGAUAAGAAUCAAAAGCCUAAAAAGAAGGCUGUGCCAUUUGAAACUAGUAGCAAUAUACCUAGUACUCUUGCUUCUAGUGAGUACAAGGAUGGUGGGGGGAAUCAGACAUCAGAGUUUUCCUUGACAUCUGUGGAAAGUGGAAUAACUCCGCCGCUUGUUGUUCUCACCAGUCCUUUGUUGAGGGGGUUGACUUUCGAGCAGUUGCUCCGAGCUCCAGCUGAACUGCUUGGGAGAGGAAAGCAUGGAAGCCUCUACAAAGUCUUGCUUGAUGGAGGGGUUAACUUGGUUGUGAAGAGGAUCAGGAAUUGUGGGAUUUCGAGCGAUGAUUUCAAGACUAGGAUGAAGAAAAUUGACCAAGUGAAGUGUCACAAUCUGUUGCCAGCAGUUGCAUUUUAUUGUUCAAGGCAAGAGAAGCUCUUGGUUUAUGAAUAUCAACCAAAUGGAAAUCUAUUUAAUCUUCUUCAUGGAUCUCCAAAUAGCCAAAUCUUUGACUGGGGAAGCAGAUUGAAUGUUGCCGAUAGCAUUGCUGAGGCAUUAGCCUUCAUGCACCAAGAGUUAAAUGAAGACGGUAUUGCUCAUGGUAACCUUAAGUCCAUGAACAUUUUGUUCAACAUGGCCAUGGAACCUUGCAUCAGUGAAUAUGGGGUGAUGGAGGCUGAAAAUCAUGAACAAUCGGUCCUUUCUCCCAAGAAUGAAUUCCGAAAUGACAAUGCUAAUAAAGGUCAUGCAUAUAGCACCUUCAAUGGUGAUGUUUAUGCUUUUGGGGUGAUUCUUCUUGAGCUUCUAACAGGGAAGCUGGUCCAGAAAAACGGGUUUGAUUUGCCUAGCUGGGUGAACUCAGUGGUCAAAGAGGAGUGGACUGUUGAGGUUUUCGACAGGGCUUUGAUCUCGGAAGGUGCAAGCGAAGAAAGGAUGGUGACCUUGCUGCAGGUAGCAUUGAAGUGCAUAAAUACUUCUCCAACUGAUAGGCCUGCUAUGAGUCAAGUUUCGUUGAUGAUCAAGUAUAUAAAAGAGGAAGAGGAGAGCUCUAUAACUUAUGAUCCAUGAAGGAAAGUUCAGAAGUUGUACCUCUUGUUGUAGGAAUUUGAUUUCAAAUAAGCUAGUAUCUGCGUUUGCACAAAAUUUCUUUGCUUCUGCAUUAAUUAUUGACCAUAUAUAUGGUUGUAUUUUCAGUUCUGGGGUUAAAUUAUCAGUUGCCCUGCUACUUGUUCUCUGGUUCAUAUAAGUAAUCUUU